AUGCGCCUCCAUUCACAUGGUACGAACUAUGUUGGAAGCUUUCACUGGGCUGCCGUUCUUGACAGCAUCUCAGAGCUGAGAGAUCAUUACGAAGAGGAGGAGGAAGCCAGGUUGUUGGCCGCGAAUGAUCAUGUGCUACAUGAGAGCCCUGGCCCCCGGCUUCUUUAUGAGCCUGUUCAGACAACAAAGGCCGAUCUACUGGCUGCAAUUCCCGCUCGGUCUGCGGUGGAUCGUAUGGUUGCUCGAUACUUUAACGCCCAGGGUGUCGUUCCAGAAAUCCUUCAUAGCGGGCAUUUUCUCCGAGAGUAUGAAAAGUUCUGGCAGGAGCCAAACGCAGCGUCAAUAGCUUGGAUUGGUCUUUUGUUCAGUGUCAUGUCCCUCUCAACACGGUAUCAACAAUCAAUUGAGGGCUCUGAAGAUCCGGAAACACCAGUGCGCGUGCAUAUGUUUCAAGAGAAUGUCAUUCAUUGCCUUGUGCUCUCUCAGUGGACUAGGGGUGGAGACUACGUGCUAGAAACCUUGAUCAACUAUCUUACCAGCGAGCUGUUUCUUUCUAAGGACUCAGAGAUUGGUCUAUGGUUGGUACAAGGGAUGAUUGUACAGCUUGCCCUGAGUCUAGGGUAUCAUCGAGAUCCACAAAACUUCUCCAGCAUCUCUACGUUCGCUGGAGAGAUGCGACGAAGGGUAUGGGCUGUGAUAGUGCAGAUAGACUUGCGAUUAUCUAGCCAGAUGGCACUUCCACGUCUCCUUAAGCUGCAGCAAUAUGAUACUGCCGAGCCUCGAAAUCUUUUCGAUACUGAUUUUGACGAGGAUAGUACUGAGCUGCCUGAAUCGCGCCCUGAAACCGAGGUCACGCCUGUCUUAUACAGUCUAGCAAGAACUAGGAUAGACCAGAUGAAUGGGCUUGUCAGUGAUCUUGUUAACGACAUACGGGAGCACCCUUACAUGGAGAUCAUAGACCUCGACCAAAAAUUGCAGGAGGCCGAAACUUCGCUAUCACCCAUUUUCCGCUGGCAGCCUCUUAGUCAAUCAAUUAUGGUUUUGCCACAGAUCAUCAUGCAUCGAGUGCUACUUCAGCUUGCAAUCCAGCGUGUGACCAUUUGGCUUCAUCGGAAGUACCUCACACCUUCUUACAACCCAGCACAAUUCGAAUAUUCCCGGAAGGCCUGCAUAAAAUCUGCAAUGAGAAUCAUCGAAUUCCAGCAGAUAGUUGAUGAGGAAACUCAGAGAGACGGACUUUUAUACCCAGUGCGAUGGAUGUUUACGUCAUCACGCCUAAAGGCUGUCUUUCUAUUGGGCAUCAGUAUUCUCUGCUAUUAUGUUCAGUUGACAAAGACGCAUUCUGACGUCUCCUUGGGUGAGGAGACAGAUAACAGCAUAAAUGAUCUGCUGCAGAACGUUUAUCCUCUCUGGCUACGCUUGAGUGCUUUGUCUCCUGAGGCACGGCGAGUAGUUCAGCUCUUGCAUCCGCUUCUGGAGAUGGAUGGAGAAGAAAACGAUCAGACCCCGCUCGCUACUCCUAACUUGGUCUCUCCAUUUAUUCCUGUAUCUGGGGAUAUGAUGUCCCUGGAUCAGCCCGCGUGGGGACUGUACGAAGGUAAACAUAAACCAUUAUGCCAAGAGGAAUCCCCAACUUUCCUUCUCUCUUCCAUAUUGACUAACAUCGAAUCUGUCAAUUUGUUUCCUCUAGAUUUCAUGAAAAACUUCUCAUCUAUGCCCACAUUUCCCAAUAGCUCGGACUUUCGGUACUCUGACGGUCUCAUGUCGUCUUCAAGUACGGCGGUUGUCUCUAUGGCAGAUUUGUUGCUCACAAACACGACGGAGUUUGAUCAGUGGAUGAAUGUUAGUUUUCAUUGA